GCCUUACUGCAUAUGCACACAUAACCAACCUCAUUUACUAGCGUGCAAAGCUAACAUCUUGGGUACUUUCAGAUACAUCCCUUUAAUCAUCUUCUUUGCUCCAAAAUUCAAAUUUUGAAGGGUUGUAAUACUUAUUUUCAAAAUGAAAUUUGAUAAUGUACUAGCAGAGGUGAAUGGCUUUGGGAGGUUCCAGUUUCGGACUAUGAUCUUGAUGGUUAUUGCUCGUUUGACUUUGCCUUUUCAGUUUCUGUUAAAUAAUUUCAUUGCGGCUGUUCCCUCUCACCACUGUGACAUCAGCUCUCUGGAUGAUGGAGGUGUUUUUGGGAAUUUAUCCCAGGCAGAGAGGCUUAUUGUUAGUAUUCCAGUCCAGGAGGAUGGGACUCCAGACUCCUGCCAGAUGUUUGCAGAGCCUCAAUAUCAUCUGCUACUCAACUCCUCCAACAUCACUGACUUACCCACCGUGUCGUGUCAGAAUGGAUGGACGUACGAUAACACCACCUUCAAGUCCACUCUGGCAACAGAGUGGGAUCUGGUUUGUGACAAGAAAAGACUGAACAGAGCCACGGCCACCAUUUUCUUCAUAGGGGUCAUGUUUGGAGCAGCAGUAUUUGGUUAUCUCAGUGACAGGUUUGGCAGGAAAAGAACACUUCUGGUGUCCUAUUUGACAACCACCUUCUUCAGCUUAGCAAGUGCUUUCUCACAUAAGUUCGCUAUGUUUUGUGCCAUGAGGUUCUUUACUGGAGUGGGAAUGUCUGGAAUAAGUAUAAUCACUGUAGUCCUGAUUAUUGAAUGGGUGGACAUUAAGCAUCGCACUGCUGUGGGAACAUUAAUGAGCCUGGACUGGAGUUUUGGUGCUACUCUGUUACCUGCUGUGGCCUAUUGUGUGAAUGACUGGCGGUACCUGACUGCCAUCAUAAUCACCCCACUGUUUCUGGCCAUGAUCUGUUGGUGGUGGCUCCCCGAGUCUGCCAGAUGGCUGAUAAGUAAUGGUAAGGUGAAUAGGGCUCAUUUUUACCUCAACAAGUGUGCGAAAGUCAAUCGCAGAGAGCAGUUCAUGGCUGACCUAAGGCCUGAGGUUCUGUCCAAAGUAAUAGUUGUAGAAAAUGAUAACAGAAAAUACUCUUAUUUGGACCUUGUGAAGACCCCUAGAAUGAAGAGACUAGCUAUGCUCUCUGGCAUUGUAUGGUUUGCAGUGGCCUGUACGUAUUAUGGAAUCAGUUUGAAUGUCACCGGCUUUGGUGUGAACAUUUAUCUCACCCAGUUCAUCUACGGCAUUAUUGAAAUGCCAGGAAAAGCUUUCGUGUUUUUCACCUUGGACAAAAUUGGCCGUAGGUUUAAUCAGGCUGGAGCGCUAGUUAUGACUGGACUGUGUAUAGUGUGCAACAUGUUUAUCCCUCAAGCUAAGGGGGAGUUUCGCACAGCUGUGGGAGCUUUGGGCAAAAUGUUUUCAGAGGCAUCUUUUACAACUGUAUUUCUGUACACUACAGAGCUUUACCCCACAGUAAUGAGGCAAAAUGGAUUAGGGUUCUGCUCCUUCGUGGCCCGUAUGGGCGUGUCCAUAUCCCCCCUGAUCAUGCUUCUUGAAGAAGUGUGGGACCAUUUGCCAAGUACUAUUUUCUCCCUGGUGGCUUUUGCUGGAGGUCUGUCAGCUUCCCUCCUUCCUGAGACAAAAAAUGUUCGUCUACCAGAGACUAUUGAGGAUGUGGAACAGACAAGAGGAAGAUCAGUCUCCACAGCCAAGGAGAAGUCUCCACCCUAAAUUUUGUCUUCAAAGCAUCCUAAAGAUUGAAGAAAGUUGAAAUGCGGCAAAUGUCAGUGGUGUUUUCAACAAUAAAAUGAUAAGCUUGCAAGAGUUUCUUAAGUUCACAAAAUCUAAAUGACUUUUUCAAUAAAUGUAAUCUGAUUG